AUGGGCCAACCUCAUCCCCAAACUACUAAAGGGAUUGAAACCCUCAAGCAUGUGGCCGAAGAAGUUGACAAAGUCCAUGAAUUUAUUGUCAAAAGAAUUGAAACCGAAACUAAUUUGGAUAAAUUCCCGACGGAGGAAGAAAUAAAAUCGGCUUAUCAAGAAAAAAAGAAAAAUGAAGGGUGGGCCAAACUGGACUACCAAACACGGGCAAAGACCAACGAAUUGCUUAUGAUAAUGGCUGAAUUAACCCUGCUGAAAUAA